UGCCUGAAUGUAAUGUGUCCUCUGUCUAGGGAGUCCGAGUAUAUGGGCGAUCAGCCUAGAAGAGAGAGACAAACAUGAUAAGAAAUUUGACACCCUCUCUCCAUCAAUGGGCUAUGUAUCUGGGGAGCAAGCAAAGAAGUUUUUCCUUCAGUCAGGGUUACCUCCUGCAGUUUUAGCCGAGAUAUGGGCGCUGGCUGAUAUGAAUAAAGAUGGGAAAAUGGACCGAUUAGAGUUCUCUAUAGCCAUGAAGCUGAUAAAGCUCAAACUGCAGGGUACACCACUUCCCUCAGCUCUACCAAUUAUUAUGAAGCAGCCCCCUGUGCCUGUGCCCACGCUUACAGUUCCGACCUCCACAAUGACUGCCUCCACUUAUGGUUUGAUGAAUAUGCCUAUGAUGCCUGGGACAAUCUUGACUCCCCUUGCAAUGGGGUCUCCUGGUCUUACACCUAUGGGACUUAGCCCUUUAGUCCCCACAGCCACAGGUCUGAGUCCACUUAUAGCUGCUGGUUCUCCCAGACCCCUUGUGCCCACUUUAGGCAGUGGUGGUCUACCAAAUGGCGGUCUAGGCCUCCUUCAACCCACUCCAGCUGGAGCGAUGUCCACAGGCCUCCCGUUGACAACCUCCUCCUAUUCUUCUCCACUCGUCCACUCCUCUUCCUCAGCUGGAACCAACACACCCUUGCCACUGCUCAACUUGGGAUCCAACAGUUCGACCCCUGUGCCGAGUGACUGGGCAGUGCCUCAUGCCUCCAGACUCAAGUACAGACAGCAGUUCAACGGCCUGGACAAACAGAUGACAGGAUACCUCACGGGUCAGCAGGUGCGAAGUGCCAUGGCAACCACAUUCCUAACUCAGGCACAGCUGGCAUCUAUCUGGACAUUAGCUGAUGUUGAUAAAGAUGGCAAGCUAAAAGCAGAGGAAUUUAUUUUGGCUAUGCAUCUUGUGGAUAUGGCAAAGUUUGGACAGCCAUUGCCUCUUACGCUGCCAAAGGAGUUGGUUCCUCCAUCACAAAGGAGUAGUAUGAAUGGCACCUCUUCUACUGUAGUACCUGUGGCUUCUUUGAUUGAUGACUUUGAUGUAGAACCUCCUCAGAAAAACAAGAUGAACAUGAGUUUUGAGGACAAAUUUAAAGCAAACUUGGAGCGGGGCAAUGCUGAACUGGAGAAGCGACGACAGGCUCUGCAGGAGGCAGAGAGGAGAGAGCAGGAGCGCCGCGAGCAGCUGAGACGAGAGGAGCAGGAGCGGAAAGAGAGGGAGGCGCGAGAGGCAGAGGAGAAGAGGAGAAUAGAGGAGGAGAAGAGACUGGAGAGACAGAGGGAGCUGGAGAGGAUCAGAGAGGAGGAGCGCAAGAAGGAGAUUGAGAGAAAAGAGGCUGCACAGCGGGAACUGGAACGCCAAAGAAAAGAGGAGAUGGAGCGGAGAAAGAGAGGAGAGCUGCAGAUAAAGAGAGAGCAAGAGCAGGAUGACAUCAUCAAAUUAAAAGCAAAAAAACGCAGCCUGGAGAUGGAGCUGGAAGCUGUGGGUAACAAGCACAAGCAGAUUGAAGAUCGACUACGUGAUAUUCAAAACAGGAAGAAGCACCAGAAAACUGACCUUGAUGUAACUAAUCAGAGGAAAGAAGCUUGCCAAUUGGAUAUUGGCAACAUACAGAGACAACUUGAAGAGUUUCAAAGGAAGUUAGCUCAGUUGAAUCCAGAGCAACGGAGACUCUCAGAAAAACUAAAAAGCAUGGCUCUUAAUUCACCUGGGUCAACUGUGUCCACACUGAAGCUAAACGUCAAUGAGAAAAAAGGAGUAUGUAUGAAACUGCGAGAUCAACUUGAUGCUCUGGAGAAAGAGACAUCUGCCAAAUUAGCUGAGAUGGAUCAAUAUAACAAAGAUUUGCAGGAAUUAAAGGAGACACAGAGAAGACAGCAGGAAGCUUUAGAAAAACUACGGAGCAUCAAGGAGGAGAAGAGGCGUGAACUACAAUUAAAGAAGGAGGAAGAGGAGAAGAGGCAAGAGGAGGAGCGCAGGCGCAAGGAAGAGGAAGAAGCUCAGAGACGUAUUAAGCUAGAGAGGGAGCGCCUGGAGAAGAUGAGAGAGGAAGAGGAACGACAGAGGAAACUCCAAGAAGAGAGAGAGGCCAAACGGAGAGAGGAGGAGGAAAGACAGAGACAGGCUCUGAUCCAAGCCGCCAAAGAGGAGGCUGCCAGAGAACUUCGAGCCAAAGAGGAGGCAGAGAGAAAAAGACGAGAAGAGGCUGAACGUAAGAAACGUGAAGAAGAAGAACGUCAACGGCAAGCCGAGAAAAUUAGACAAGAGGAGGAGAGGAGGAAACUAGAGGAAGAGAGACGGCAGUUGGAGGAGGAGAGGAGGAAGCUGGAGGAAGAAAGGAAGAAAGAAGAAAAGAGAAGGAAAGAUGAGGAAGAGCAGCGCAAAAGGGAUGAGGAGAGGAAGAGGAUAGAGGAGGAGAGAAAGAGGCUAGAUGAGGAGAGAAGGAGGAUUGAGGAAGAGAGGAGGCGAGAGGAGGAAAGAAGAGAAGAGGAGAGAAAGAGAGAGGAGGAGCUAAGACGAGAGAGGGAUGAGCAAGAACGUAGGAGACAACGGGCUGCUGAGGCUGCUGUUCGUGAUGCAGAGGAGAGGAAGAAGAGAGAGGAAAAUGAACAACGCAGAAAAAGAGAAGAGGAGAGAAGGAAGGCAGAAGAGGACAGAAAGAGGAAAGAAGAAGAAGAGAAUAGGAGGAAAGCCGAUGCUGAAGAGGUGAGGAGGAGGGCAGAGGAGGACAGGAGGAGGAAGGAGGAGGUGGCGUCUCGACAGUCAUCACAGGCAGCAGGAGGAGGCAAGGUAGAUGUCCUGCAAGCACUGCUUAGAGGCCUGGAGGAAAGGAAAGGUGGACAACCCAAGAAUACCUCCCACAGAAAGUCUGCAGCUCUCACAUCUUUCAAAGCUCUUUAUCCGUUCACUGCACGAAACCCAGAAGAGCUGAGUUUCAAUGCAGAUGAUAUUCUUGAAGUUGAUGAGUCUGUUGAACGUGAACCUGGCUGGUUGUAUGGUAGCAAAGACGGCAAGAUGGGCUACUUCCCAGAAAGCUACGUAGAAAAGAUGUCCUCAGCUAACACAACUACCCCUACUUCUGCUGCCCCCAAACUGGCCCUGCAGUCCCAGCUCUCUAGUGCCCUGGAAGCUGCCAAAGCUGGGGCAACUAAAUCUGCCUUCACACCCACUCACUCUCCCCACCCCGCCCCCUUAGAAUCACAUGGGCAGAAGGUGGUGGGUAAUGUCCUUGCCCAGGCUCUAUGCUCGUGGACAGCCAAGACUGAUAACCAUUUGAACUUCAAUAAAGAUGAUGUGAUAAAAGUGCUGGAGCAGCAGGAGAACUGGUGGCUUGGAGAGCUGAACGGAGCUCAGGGCUGGUUCCCGAAAACAUAUGUGACUGUUCUGAGUGAGGAGGACUCUUCUGAUGCUAAGAGUUUAUCAGCUGAAAGUUCAGAUGCAGGCGAUAACCAGCAAUUUGAAGAAUAUGUGGCACUGUACACGUAUGAGUCCCCUGAACCCGGAGAUCUCACAUUUAAAGAAGGAGAUGUGAUUCUGGUUUCUAAAAGAGAAGGAGAAUGGUGGAACGGUUCCAUCGGUGACAGGACUGGCCUGUUUCCAAGCAACUAUGUCAAACCUAAAGAAACUGAUACAUCAAGUGUCUCUGGGAAAGGGAAAAAGCCAGAGGUCGCCCAGGUGGCUCGUGCUUACUCUGCAACAGGACCCGAACAGCUAACAUUGGAACCCAAUCAGCUCAUUCUCAUUUUGGGGAAAAACACUUCUGGGUGGUGGCUUGGUGAACUUCAGGCUCGUGGUAAAAAGCGGCAGAAAGGCUGGUUUCCUGCAGCCAAUGUCAAAAUCCUGGGGUCCAACAGUGGCAAAUCAACACCUGCCUCUCAACCAGUCUGUCAGGUAAUAGCGAUAUAUGACUACACUGCCGCCAAUGGGGAUGAAUUGAGCUUCUCCAAAAGUCAGCUGAUCAAUGUCCUGGACAAGAAUGACCCUGACUGGUGGAAGGGAGAGAUUAAUGGCACCACAGGCCUGUUUCCCACCAACUAUGUCAGAUUGACCACAUCCGACUCAGAGACCACUCAACUGUAUCCCAACAACUUUGACUCACUGGGUCCUCAAGAGAAAAAGCGACAAGAUUAUAUUCAAGAACUGAUUCAGACUGAGGAGAAAUAUGUGGAAGAUCUGCAGAUAGUGCUGGAUGUCUUUUACAAACCCAUGACUGAGUCCGGGCGACUGACUGAGGCAGAAAUGCAGAAGAUUUUUGUGAACUGGAAGGAACUGCUACCCUGUAACAACAGGCUUCUCAAGGCAUUACAUGAACGCAGAAGCAAAGGGGGAGAGAAGGCCCCUAUUCCAAUGGUGGGAGAUAUUUUGGCCAAAGAGCUUGCUCAUAUGCAGCCGUACAUUCGCUUCUGCUCCUGUCAGAUCAACGGGGCCGAACUUCUACAGCUACGCACAAAUAAUGAACCUGACUUCAAGAUCUUUCUCAAGAAAAUUGCCACUGACUACAGGUGUAAAGGCAUGCCUCUGUCCAGUUUCCUGCUAAAGCCCAUGCAGAGAAUCACUCGAUACCCUCUUCACAUCAAAAAUAUGCUGGAGUGCACUGCAGAGGGACACGCUGAUCGGCUCCCGUUGAAACAGGCUUUAGAAAGGGCAGAGGAACUCUGUCAGCAGGUGAAUGAAGGUGUGCGGGAGAAGGAAAACUCUGACAAACUUGAAUGGAUUCAGAAUCACGUCCAAUGUGAUGGAAUUGCUGAGAACUUGGUUUUCAACUCCCUCACUAACUGCUUGGGCCCUAGGAAGCUCCUUCAUAGUGGAAAGAUGUACAAGGCCAAGAGUAACAAGGAAUUGUGGGCUUUCUUAUUCAGCGACUUCCUUCUUUUGACUCAUUCAGCAAAACAGUUCACGUCAUCUGUGCCUGAUAAACUGUUCAGCAACAAAAACAACACUCAGCUCAAAAUGUAUAAGCCGCCUGUCUUUCUCAAUGAAGUCCUGGUGAAGCUGCCAGACCCUUCCAGUGAUGAGCCUCUCUUUCACAUUUCACACAUUGACAGAGUCUAUGUACUGAAGACGGACAACAUCAAUGAACGGACUGCAUGGGUUCAAAAGAUCAAGGCAGCAUCAGAGGAGUUUCUUGAGACUGAAAAGAAAAAAAGGGAAAAGGUUUAUCAAGCACGGACCAUGAAGGGCAGUGGGAUUGGCAGACUCCUUGUCACCAUUUUAGAGGCCACGGAGCUGAAGGCAGCCAAACCUAAUGGUAAAAGUAACCCAUACUGUGAGGUAACAAUGGGAUCACAGAUUUUCACGUCGCGAACACUCAAUGACACACUAAACCCAAAGUGGAACUUCAACUGUCAAUUUCACAUCAAAGACAUUUACCAGGAUGUCCUGUGCAUCACCAUCUUCGAGAAAGACCCAUUUUCACCUGAUGAAUUUCUUGGUCGCACUGAAGUUCCUGUUGCCACAAUAAAAAAAGAGUUGGAGAACAAGGGUGCAGUGACGCGCCGCAUUCUGCUGCAUGAGGUCCCGACCGGAGAGGUGUGGGUCCGCCUUGACCUGCAGCUUUUUGGCAAAUAAGACAAUGACAAGACCAUAGUUGGGCAUCUGUUACUUCUAUCUUCAUGAAAAAGGUGCUCCUUGCAUAGUUUUCUAUCCAUAGCCCAUAGAAAUCUGAAUAAUGCACAUAUCAAACUAUAAGAGCUUCAAGUUUUUUAUGCCUCAACUUAACAAUACAGUUACAAAUAUUAAUAGAGGACAUGCCACAAGGUGUUUUGAGGCAAAAGAGAAGCAUGGAGACACCAAGUAUGUCCCAACCUCACGCUUACAUAUUUUAAAUUACCAAUGAGAGACUAUAUAGCAAGUAAUGAAACUACUAACAAGAUUAUGCUGUCUUCUCCCUGGUCUGGAGGAAUUGGAUGGUUCAUGGUUCAGUCUUUGGUCUAAACAUGGCGUCUGCCUUUGGUGUCAUGAGUUUGUUACUGUAGUAAAUGGACAAUCUCAGGAUAUUGGUUGACUGGGUCCAUUUUACUUUUUUUGUGUGUAUAUUGUCAUCCAAGCUUUAGCACACUAACCUUGGCCUUAAUUACUAUAUAAACAUGUUUCAGUGUAUUUUUUCUACAGAAAAUUGAAGAGUGAAUGUUUUAUCCACAGCCAAGACAUUUUUCAAGAUAAGAUUAACUUCCUAAAAGGGACAAGACUUCAGAUUGUGUACAUCCUCGAUAGUGUCACCACUUUAAUCAGCAAUAACAGUAUUUUAUACACAAUUGCAAUUUUCGCACUGAAAACUUCAUCAUUUACUGUCCUGUUUUUUCUGUCUUUUACCAUGGAUAUGUUUUUAACUUAUGUUGCAGGUGGUUUUGUUUUAAUUGUUGCUUUUUGUCAUUGAGUUGUGAUCCUGUGUACCAGAUAUAAAGCGUAUUUAUUAUUUAAUUUAUGCGUGUGUGACUAUCCAAAGGUUUGCAGCAUCAGUAGCUGUUUUGGGUGUAUAGAUGUUGGUUAGAUGGAUGUGUAUACUUUUUGUUGUGUAAUUAACCCUUUGGUUGACUUUUUUUGCCUCUCAGAUGUUUAAACUCUUGUUUUAAUCAAGCAAAAAUAGAUUUUAGAUCUUUAAAAUAAGAUUAAUAGUUAUUUUGAAAUUGUUAUGCUUUGACUUCCUUUCAUCUCUAAGGAUGUAUAUGUUUCGUUUUAACUAGCUUUGAUUUUCAGCAUUAAUUCAUUAUUUGUUAAAUUUUAUUUUAUGACACUGACUGUUCAACCUGAUGUAACCUGCUGUUUUACUGUGUUCAUCACAGAAGUCCAAUUAAAGGCUUUAAAAGUGAAUUAAA